AUGGUUCUCGCAGUCGAUCUCCUCAACCCCACCCCUCAGGCCGAGGCCCGUAAGCACAAGCUGAAGGUGCCAGNNAUGCUUGUCCCCGGCCCUCGCUCCUUCUUCAUGGACGUCAAGUGCCCCGGUUGCUUCACCAUCACCACCGUCUUCUCGCACGCCCAGACCGUCGUUGUCUGCGCCGGCUGCUCCCAGGUCCUUUGCCAGCCCACCGGUGGUAAGGCCCGCCUGACCGAGGGCUGCUCUUUCCGCAGAAAGUAA